CUCAAAUGUUUUAGCAGGAUAUGAACAUUUAAAAAUCGCUGCAGCAGAAGCACCUAUCACAGAAAAUGGAGAACGACGAACGAGAAACGGUAAAUUUACUUUGAGGCAAUUGAGACAAACCGAUGGGAUUGUUCCUCUUCAAUCGGGAACUAACCAGUUCGAUUCGCAAAAGGUUUUGAUAUUUUUUGCUUUUUUCGAGUAUCUCCACGGCAAGACUGGUUUCGGUAUGCCUCGUAACACAUCAACAAAUAUUCAAUUUACUGAUAAAGGCAAGAAGUGGACAAUAGAGCAACUUCGUGCCACUGACUCAGUAGUACGGCUUCAAUCAGGAACAAAUCAAUUUGAGUCGCAGAAAGGAAUGACAGGUUUUGGCAUGCCAAGAGACGUUAAAGGAAAACAUCUGAAACGAAUUUGGGAACUUGAAUUUCCUGAAGAGGCUAUUCCGGAUCAGCAAAUAGUGGAACCUAUGCAAUGA